AUGAAUAAUUCUACAACUUUGAAGACUACAACGUCUGUUGUGGUGGUGAGCAAUUGCAAGAAGUUUGAGGCAAACAUUUUCAAUAAAUUAAAAUGUCAGAACUGUUUCAAAUCUAAAGAAGAACACUCGGCCAGUGCUCUAGAAAAUACAAAAAAUGCAAGAAAAGUUGUCAUGUACAGUUACCUCUUUGUGGCUCCAAACAGUUUUGACUUUAAUAGUCCACUUGACAGGACUAAGAGAUGGCAAAGGAGAUUGUUUGUGCUGUAUGAUGAUGGAGAGCUGACAUAUUCUGUUGAUGAGAAUUGUUAUGACAAAAUUAGUGCUAAAAUUAUAUGCUUGCAAUAUUGCAAUCAGUUUGGGACAGUGCCACAAGGGGUCAUAGACAUGAAUAAAUGUAAGGAGCUGAAGUACGCCGAGCAGAUAACAACACACCGACAUUCAAUGCUCAUCGUUGCUGAUGACAACAGUAAGACUUAUAUUAAAGGGUCUUGUCAGGAAGAAUUUGACAGCAACAACGAUGACUGCAUCGACGACGAAAACUACAUCAACUGCAAAAUUUACAAGUGGACUUUCUGCUUCUGCAAGUUUGUCCUGUUCUUGAGUUUCUAA